AUGGGGGUUUCCUACUUAAUUGGUGGCCUCUUACCAAUGAUUCCGUACUUUGUGACGAAAGAUGUCACCCGUGCUUUGUUCGUUUCUAUCGGUAUAACAACGGCUAUUCUGAUUCUCUUCGGAUUUAUCAAAAAUUAUGUCAACGUAAAAACAACGCGAUCUGGGUUAAUCGGGGCAGUCCAAACGCUCUGUGUUGGAGCUAUAGCGGCUGGUGCGAGUUACGGUGUCGUGUAUGGCAUUGACCAUUCCAACCUUCAUUGA